UUGAGCCACCUUGAAUGAGAGACAGGGGUAACUAGGCAACUUCAGCGGCGGUAAAAUAAUUUUAAAAAUAAAAUAAAAAAUAAGAUAUGUCCACGAAACACUGAAAUAGUAAAAUUGUCGAAAAAUGAGAGGCGAACCAAUGUGAUUUUAUUUCGUGCGUGUCCGGCAAAUGGAAUUAAGGAAUGGAUUUUUUUCUCUCUAAGAAGCGAAAACAGAUCGCGCAAACGAACCGGAACCUGAUUUGGAUUAAAACGGUUAAACUGGAAAUUUCAGCAUAGCUGUCAUAUGAAAGGUGCUAAUGGAGGGAGGGACAGAGAUGUACAACAGAAGGACAGUCUUUGAAGUGUCCUACCAAAGAGGAAUACCAGUACUCAACCUGGACUAAAGAAUAAUACAGUACUACAACAACAACCCAUGUGUUCUCUUUGGAAGGAGGAAUUCACCAAUCACUAUGUGGGAUCUGCACUAAAGAGCAAUAGAGGGACCAUGUAAUACUUGACCUAAUUUGAGGAACAUCUAGCCACCAUGUUAGAACUAGUCUGAAGCAGAAGGACCGCUACAACAUCUACCUGUCAUCAGCUCUACCAGGAUGGGUCCAAAUUGAAGAAGAUCUGAACCCCUGGAUUUCUUCACCAAAGAGGAAUAACACCAGGCUUCUCACCAUGGACUUGGAGAAAAACUCUGUCCUCGACCUGGAGUAGAGGGAGUAGUGGCUCUGUCCUAGACCUGGAGUAGAGGGAGUAAAGGCUCUGUCCUAGACCUGGAGUAGAGGGAGUAGUGGCUCUGUCCUAGACCUGGAGUAGAGGGAGUAGUGGCUCUGUCCUAGACCUGGAGCAGAGGGAGUAGUGGCUCUGUCCUAGACCUGGAGCAGAGGGAGUAAAGGCUCUGUCCUAGACCUGGAGUAGAGGGAGUAGUGGCUCUGUCCUAGACCUGGAGUAGAGGGAGUACUGGCUCUGUCCUAGACCUGGAGCAGAGGGAGUAGUUGCUCUGUCCUAGACAUGGAGCAGAGGGAGUAGUGGCUCUGUCCUAGACCUGGAGCAGAGGGAGUAGUGGCUCUGUCCUAGACCUGGAGAAGAGGGAGUAGUGGCUCUCUCCUAGACCUGGAGCAGAAGGAGUAGUGGCUCUGUCCUAGACCUGGAGCAGAGGGAGUAAUGGCUCUGUCCUAGACCUGGAGUAGAGGGAGUAGUGGCUCUAUCCUAGACCUGGAGUAGAGGGAGUAGUGGCUCUGUCCUAGACCUGGAGCAGAGGGAGUAGUGGCUCUGUCCUAGACUUGGUGCAGAGGGAGUAGUGGCUCUGUCCUAGACCUGGAGUAGAGGGAGUAGUGGCUCUGUCCUAGACCUGGAGUAGAGGGAGUAAAGGCUCUGACCUAGACCUGGAGCAGAUGGAGUAGUGGCUCUGUCCUAAAACCUGGAGCGGAGGGAGUAGUGGCUCUGUCCUAGACCUGGAGCAGAGGGAGUAGUGGCUCUGUCCUAGACCUGGAGCAGAGGGAGUAGUGGCUCUGUCCUAGACCUGGAGCAGAGGGAGUAGUGGCUCUGUCCUAGACCUGGAGCAGAGGGAGUAGUGGCUCUGUCCUAGACCUGGAGCAGAGGGAGUAGUGGCUCUGUCCUAGACCUGGAGUAGAAGGAGUAGUGGCUCUGUCCUAGACCUGGAGCAGAGAGAGUAGUGGCUCUGUCCUAGACCUGGAGCAGAGGGAGUAGUGGCUCUGUCCUAGGGGACAGGGGGUAAGGGACCAAAGUCCAAAGGAGGUAGGGUGAGUGUGAUAACCAUCCUGGAGUAGGGGAUAGGGGACUAGUCCACAGGAGGCAGCAGAGGACUGAUAACCCCAUGGUGGAUCUGCUGUGAGGAGGACUGUGGACAGGAAGGACCCAGGAGGAUGUCAUCAGCCGGAGGAGAGUCAGCCAGCUCGGAGCUCCAAGCAGGUGUCAAAACCAGCACUCUGAGACGGGAGUCCAGGAGGACUAAAGCUGGUCAGGACCGCACUGAGACGGGGCUGAUUAAGCGUUUCCGUGGUGAUGGCGUGCGCUACAAGGCCAAGCUGAUCGGGACUGAUGAGGUGACAGCGGCACGCGGGGACAAGCUGUGCCAGGACUCCAUGAUGAAGCUCAAGGGAAUGGCUUCGUCAGCACGCUCCAAAGGAGAGCACAAGCAGAGAGUCUUCCUCACCAUCUCCUUCGGGGGGAUCAAGAUUUACGACGAGAGAUCAGGGGUUCUGCUGCAUCACCACUCAGUGCAUGAGAUCUCCUAUAUCGCCAAGGAUACCCGGGAUCACCGGGCCUUUGGCUAUGUCUGUGGGAAGGAGGGACACCACAGGUUUGUGGCCAUCAAGUCUGGCCAGUCGGCGGAGCCACUGAUCAUUGACCUGCGUGACCUCUUCACGCUCAUCUACGACAUCAAGCAGCGAGAGGAGAUGGAGAAGAAGUCCCAGAAGGACAAGCAGUGUGAGCAGGCCGUCUACCAGACCAUUCUGGAGGAUGAGGUGGAUGAUCCAGUUUACCAGUACAUUGUGUUUGAGGCUGGACAUGAGCCCCUCCGUGGCCACCAAUCAGAGGAGAGCGUUUACCAGGUCCCUACCGCUACCAGUCAGCAGAAGGGAGAAGGGAUCUAUGACGUCCCAAAACGCCAUUUUAUGACUAACAUCAACCACUUUGAUCUGUUCGGAGACAUGUCCACUCCACCCUCGAUGCCCCCGUCCCCGGCCAACACUUUGGACCCCAGCAGGAGCCACCACCAACACCAGCACCAACACCCCCCAGAGAUGUUCACCGGCCCCUUCAGCCCCACCUCUGUCCCCUCGGGGUACAUGACCAUGGGGCCAGUCCAGGCAGCCCAGUGGGCUCAGCAGGGAUCCUUCUCUGGCCAGGCCCAGACCCUGGCCUUUGGAGUGCAGGGGCCCCUCCAGGUUACCCAGGUCCUCCCGGGAGGCCAGCCCGUCAUCUGGAGCCAGGCCAACAUCUUCCCUGCCACCCAGCAGCAGUGGGCCACCAUGGCUGCCUACAUGCCCGCCCAGGCCGUGGGCGUGGGGGGUCACCACGUCCCCAUGAUGGUGCCCAUCACCACCGUGUGCCCUGGCCCCCAGGGCCUACACUAUGACCUCUCCUCCACCCCCUCCUCGGCCAUCACCAGCCCCCAGCACCAGGCGAUGGACCCCGCCCUGCUCCAGCAGCUCCAGCAGCUCCAGCAGCAGCACAGCCUCAGUGGGGAUUCUGACGCAGGAGAAGGCCCCUCUUCGCUGGGCCUUGUCAUGGUGGGCAGCAGGUGUGGAACACCUGGGCCGAUGAGUCCCACUUCAAUGGGUCUGGGUGCUGUGGGCAGGUGUGAGACGCCUGUUAGCCUUGUCAUGAUGGCGAGGUGUGAGACACCCGGCCCUGGUCCAGUGAACGUGCCUCCUGACACCCUGGUCUGUAGCCAGCUAUGCCUGGGGUCACCGGCUGUGAUGUCACCAUUGGCCUUGACCCAGGAAGAGGAAGGCAGCUGUUGUGACCUUGACCUCUCUCGGAUGACCUUGAGUCCUGGCACAUCCACCUCACCCUCCACUGACUCAGCCCCAGCCCCCCAGCCUGGACCGUCCUCAGACUCCGCCUCGUCCCAGACCAGUGACCCCCCCACAGACCACUCUCCCAUCCAAACACAGGCCACACCCCCCAGCACCAGGGAGGAUGACUCGGGCUUAUGCACCAGGGCUCUGUCUCCUUGUCCAUCCAGAGAUGCUCCACCUGAUUCUCCCCAGGCUCAGAUCUGUCCACAGGAAGACAGUUAGAGAACUCUGGGAGAAGGAACCUCUGUGACCGUCAGGAGGAUAGAAGAAGAAGAGAGGAGAGGAGGACAGCGGACUGAGAGAUGGAGGAGAGGAGACUGGACUCCUAUGUCCCUUCUAAUAACUUGAUUACACGGAUCUCUGUUCUGGAGAGUGCUGAUAUUGGCAGCCUAAAGCAGCAUUAUCAUAGGAUUGGCUUCUUUCC